UAGGGUCAGACUGAGGAUAAUUCAGGCAAUUACAGCUGAGGGAGGGGAGAUUCCCAAACUCCUUCCCACGGCCCCUCUUUUUCCCAGCAGCUUUCCUGGUUCUGAUCAGGAGUUGGUGGAGGAAUAUCUGGAUCAGGAGUUAGAGGAGGAAUAUCUGGAUCAGGAGUGAGUGGAGGAAUAUCUGGAUCAGGAGUGGAGGAAUAUCUGGAUCAGGAGUUGGUGGAGGAAUAUCUGGAUCAGGAGUGAGGGGAGGAAUAUCUGGAUCAGGAGUGAGUGGAGGAAUAUCUGGAUCAGGAGUGGGUGGAGGAAUAUCUGGAUCAGGAGUGAGGGGAGGAAUAUCUGGAUCAGGAGUGAGUGGAGGAAUAUCUGGAUCAGGAGUUGGAGGAGGAAUAUCUGGAUCAGGAGUGAGUAGGUGAAGCUGAGGAGCAGAUGGCAGAAAGUGACAGUUGGCAGGAGCCCCGGGGUCGGACUCGUUGCCCUCAGUGCCAGCAGCUCUUCUCUGAGCCCCGGGUCCUGCCCUGUCUGCACUCUGUGUGUGGGGGGUGCCUGGCCAAGCUGGAGCCCUUCAGUGCCCUGGGGAAGGGGCAGAGUGUGGGCACCCAGUGGAGCAUAUUGUGCCCAGUGUGUGAUUGUGAAGUGGAGCUGCCGGCUGGAGGGCUAGAAGAUCUGUUACCUGAUUGGCUGGCAGAGGGUGAGGUGCUACUUGCCCAAGUGCAGAGCGGGGGGCUGCAGUUGCCAUGUGACCUGUGCAGAGAGGGGCCAGCGGAGAGGCGGUGCCAGGAGUGCAAGGUGAACGUGUGUGAGUUCUGCUGCCGAGCGCACAGGAGACAGAAGAGAACGGCCUCGCACCCCCUGCACCCCCUGCAGGAGUUGUCCCUGGGCACCAUCCUCCCACCUGCCCCCUGCUGCACGUUGCACCCCCUGGAGGCACUUGGCUUAUUCUGUGAGCCCUGUGCUGUACCCUGCUGCCGGGACUGUGCCAUCACCAAUCACAGGGGCCACGAGCUGAAGCCGACGGCUGAAUGUGCAGGGAGACACCGGGAGUCUCUACUCAAGGCCCUACAGGAGUCUGAGCCUCACAUACAGGAGCUGGAGGCUGCCCUCAGGGGGGUAGAGGAGGCAGGGGAGGCUCUGGGGCACAGAACUGUGGGGCUGAGGGCAGAGAUUGAAGCCUUUAUUGAGGGGUAUGUGAAGGCUGUACUGGAGCACAAAGCGGCCCUGCUCAGGGACAUUGAGGAGGAGACUCAGCGGAGGCAGCAGCUUCUGGACCUGAGAAGAGCCCGGUUACAGCAACAGCUUCUGGACCUACGCACUGCCUUGGGCUUCACUAGAGACCUGGUGGCCCGGGGCCCAGACCUCCAUCUCAUCAAAGCCCAGGGCCUGGCACUGACCCGCCUGAAGCAACUGAAUCAGGGGGAGCCCAGGCCAGCGGAGCUCAACGACCCUGCGGGGAUCCAAUUUAGUCCCUGGGAAGAGGCCGGACUGUACCAAGGGUACCAAAUGCACGGGGUACUGAGAGGAAAGGUGGCGGAUCCAGGCAAAUGUGAGGUGCGAGGGGCAGGUCUCCAGUCCGUGUGUCAGGGGCAACUCACCAGCUUCACCUUCUUCUGCAGAACAACAAGUGGGGAUCUCCUGGGAACUGGGGGGCAGCCGCCAACUGUCACCAUUGUGCACAAGGAAACAAACAGAUCUCUCCCCCCGUCCAUCCAAGACAACCAAGAUGGCACCUUCCAUGUCUCCUAUAGGGCCACAGAGGCCGGGGACCUCUCCAUCAGCCUCACCCAAGGGGCCCGUCACAUUCAGGGAUCUCCAUUCAGUGUGAAGGUGAGGGACAAGUCUCAGAGGCACCCGGGCAUCUACCACUGCUGUACAUUUUGCUCCAGUGGGGGGCAGAAGGAGGCUCGAUGUGGAUGUGGGGGCACCAUGCCAGGUACAGAUGAAGCCACUUGGAUUUGUGGCUACCAGGGCUGUGGGCACGGUCACAAGGGCCACCCUGGACAUUCCCACUGGUCGUGUUGUGGCGACACCAAGAAGAAAUCAGAGUGUUUAGGGGUUAGUUCCACCGCCCCCCGAAACCUGUUAAGGACUGUGGCUCUGUGAUAGAGAUUGGCCAUUGGGCAACAUUCUCAGCUGGUGACAUUGGGAUCACACGGAGAACUGAACCAGGAACCCAAUCUCUUCACCUCCAACCUCUAAUAGACAAUCCAGAUCCAGAACUGGCUCCUUCCAAAAGAGACUUCAUUGGCCAUUAAAGGGCAACUUCACCUCCCAACACUUGUUUCAGUCCAGUUGUUUUCAGUUUGUUCUACAGAAAUAAAGACUUUUUUUGAAUUA